UCCAGUCUUUCCUCGACCCACGGGAGACAAGCGGGAAUAUGGAGAGGGGGGAUGAGGAGAAUCAGGCCACAGGGUACGACCACCCCGAGGACCAGGGUGCAGCAGCAGGGCACUCAGAGACAGGAGAGCUGACUGGUUCUUUUGAUGGCAGUGAGCCUGGGUCCCCUCUGCCAGAACCUGCUGCUUUCCACAGGAUGAAUAAAGCACCGGUUGAAGGCUAUGAGAAAGAUGUGGGAUCCAGGACGACCCAUCGCAUCAUGUACCCAGAAAGUGCCACUAAUCUGGACAACAACACACACCUGGUGCAGUUGCCCUUCAAAACACUGGAUAUCCAGUGGGUCACCAGUGCUCUAACUGAUGGAUCUAUCAAACGGUGAGAGAAUAUCAGGAAAAUAAGGUCACAGUUUACCACAAAAUAAAUAGAAUGUUUUUUUCAUGUUACUUUGCAUGAAGAAAAUUAAACCUCUUUUUACAACAAUUUUCAUCACAAAACAACCAACCAACAACACUACAGCAUUAAAACAGUUUGAAAAUGUCCUCCUACACCCACUGUAAAGGUUUUCUCUGUGAGCUUUGGUUAGGGCUGGCUGAAAUGCAGGUUUAUGCACAACUGCCAGUCUGACUCCAGAGACACCAGCAGCUUCCAAAACGUUUGCUAUGCAACAAUGGCCUUUGUAUCACCAAAGGUGUGUACAGGCAAUAAUGAGCAUGUUUACAUGUACAUUAUAUUUACAGUAAGCACUCAUAGCCUCACACAUGAGUUUCAUCCUUUUCUGCCUUCUCAUGUAAAAAAAUUUAUUAUCAUUUGAAAAGUGAAAGUCGUGACAUUUGUCAAGUAUGGUAACCCAUACUCGAAAUUGGUGCUCUGCAUUUAACCCAUCCA